CAACAUUUAAAUCAAUCUUCAUUCAUUCAAACUUAAACUGCAGUCUUCAUAGAAUAUCUGCUCAAUACUCAUUCACCGUUUCGCCCAUUGCAAGAGCUGUACUGUUUGUCAUUUUAAUUUUAUUAAAUGACAAAGAAAAUAUUUUGUAAAAAAAGAUGACUAAGAGCGUCAAUAACAUUGAAAAAUAAUCAACGGUUAUCGUAGAGUAUUCAAUAUUAUAGUGUUUAUUUAUGUUUUGUGAGCGGGUAUCUUUGUACGUUUGUUUUGCAAACAUAUAGUUUACCUGAGUAUUGUAUUGUAUUGUAAGUAAUUAGAUCGAGUGCUAUCCUGAUAAUGUGUGUGAAGCUAUAUUGUGUGUAAUGGUGUGAUCAUCUAUCUGAUGAAGAUGUGGAAGGCUUCUGUAGCCGUGGCCUUAGUGGCCCUAGUGGGCCUAGCGUCGGGCCAGACGUGGCUGUCCAAUAUCACGGAUCACUUUCGUGAGGGCACUUCUAAUGUAAUGCGGAUGUCGGAGGUGAACUACUCCAAACCGAUCAUCAACGUGACUUACAUGGCGCGGGUGGAGGUAGACAUGCGGGCCAUGGGACACCUGUACAACUCCACUUACACCAUCAUAGACUUCAUCGCUAACAAACAGGCGUAUCCUGAAGGUAUCGUGUCGGUGUCUGACGGACAUGUGGAGCUGGCGUCUCCUCGCUCGGAGUGGAGGUCUCUGCUGGCUCACUACGCGGGUCCCUUGGCCGUGGCUGUGCUCGUCAUACUGUUCGCUGCCGUGCUGCCGCUCUCAGGGUUGUUCUGGUGCUGCUGUCAGUGGUGCAGGGUCGGGCGGCGGCGGCGGCCGUUCGACCGCAAGUAUGACGCCUGUCUCAAGGGGAUCCUCGCAAUAGUUUUCAUCGGACUGCUGACGCUGUUCUUGUUUGGCGUGGUCUGUGCCUUCGUCACCGACUCGCAGAUGGAGACGGGCGCGAGCGCCGCUCCGAAUGUCGUCCGUGCGGCAGUGAGGGACGCACGCACUUUCCUUGACGCCAGCGCUGGUCACGCGCGACACCUUCUCGUCGAUAACUUCCGUGAACUGGAGACUCAGCUGGAUCGCUCCUUGGCGGCGGGCGGCGCGGUGGUCCUGCGACAACUAGACGAGUUCACCAACGCGACGUCGGUGCGCCGCCUCGAGCUGGUUGCUUCUACGCUAGAACGUGUACCCGAUGAGCUGCGCCGUGUGCAAGCCGCAACGGCCGCCCUGCGCGCCGGCGCUGACUCACUCGACGAGGGCCUGCGCCGCGUCAAAGCCUCGCUGUUCAACACGUUAGCACGCUGCCAGGAGCCUCAGUGCGUCACUCUACAGGAAAAAUACAAGAUCGGCCAACUCUACACCGACAUUCAGUACGACAAGAUACCGGACGUGUCGGAGCUGCUGGACAACGUGUCUCGCCUGGUGGACGGCGACAUGGUCCGGGAUGUGCGCGCCGGCCUCCAAGUGUUCACAGGGAUCCGUCGUACCGUGGAUCAGCACGCGCCACGCGUCAGGGAGGCCGUCGCUGCGACCGGGGAACGACUCGCCAGGGUAGCGGACGAAGUGUCCUGGGCGGCCGGCAACCUCAGCGAGCGGCUGCGGACCUCCCAUGCCCCUGACGUACUACAAGAACACUUGCGACAGUACGGGCCGUACGUGCGACAUCCCACCAGAGCUGUAGCCGCGGCGCUGUUGGCGAUCGUGGUGGUGAUGUCGUGGGGCCUGGUGUGCGGCGUGUGCGGGAAGCGUCCCGACGUUUACGGUGCUAGCGACUGCUGCAACAAGGGCUCUGGAGCGUCUUGUAUCACAUGCGGAAUGGCGCUGACAUUCGCAGUGGGCGGAGUGGCCGCGGUGGCGAUGCUUGUUUACUUCAUAUUCGGAAUCGCAGCGCAAAGACUCGUGUGUGACCCGCUGUCCGAGCCUCGCGGGAGUCGCGUGUUCGUAGACGUCGAGCGGUUCGUGGAGCUAGAGCGAUCGCUAUAUAACGAGCGCUCCGACCCCGACUUCAAUCUCACAUCAGUGCUGGUGGACUGUCACGCCAACCGCACCAUAUACCACACGUUGCGUUUGCGUCGCGCCUUCGACCUGGAGUCAGUUCGUGACCGCGUGUCCUCGGACGUGUCGUCGCGUGUGUCGUCUCUCCGGACCGACUACCCUCCCCGCGGUCGCCCGCUGCGUAUCCUGGCGCCGGCCGCCCGCGCUCGCCUCGACCGCCUCGCCGCUUCCGGCCUGUCCGACUUCGACUUCGACCGUAUCCUGGGCGCUCUCGAGACCAACGUGACGUCACUGUCCCUGGAGGCCCUCGCGACCCAGCUGCGCUCUACGUCCCGCGCGCUGCAGUCCCGCCCCGGCUUCCGGACCGUGGCCGGAGAGCUGACCGCCGCCGCCGAUGACGUGUCCUCGCUGCACCGGGACGUCGUCGGACCCAUGCUCGAGCGUACCAAAGAACUCAACAAAACGGCUUCCGAACUACGCGACGCCCUCCGAUUCAACGAGUCCUCGCUAAGGGAGGCCAUCCUGUCGUGCGUGAGGGACACCAACGAGGUGGAGCUGUUCUUGAACACUCAGGGGCCCGACCUCGUCCAGAACCUGACGCGUGAGUUCGCGGAGACCCUGGGCGAGCGUCUCCAGCAGUACUUGUCGAUGGUGGCGCGGGCGGCGGAGCGGGACGUGGGCCGGUGCGGGCCGCUGAGCAACGCCUUCAACGCAACACGUGACGCCGCCUGCCGAGCCUUCGUGCUCCCCGCGAACGGCUACUGGGUGUCGGUGUGUUGGUGCGCCCUGUUGAUGCCCGUGGUGCUGUGUGUGAGCGCGCGCCUCGCCCGUCUGUAUCGCCGCGCCGAGCCCUACCCCGGGCCGCUCGUCGAGGCCGAGUAUUUGUAUGACGCGUACACGGACCGCGAUAACGUUCCCCUCGCCAACGCCUACAAGGAAAAACGUGGCGGCGGAGGAACAGGCUCGGGGCCGGGGGGGCUCGGGGGCUCCCAGGGCGGGGGGGCCGCGCGCAGGAGGACCGAGGGACCGGAGGGAGCGGGGGCCUCGCACGCCCUGGCGCCGCCUGUCGACACACACCACGCGCGCAGAUAUAAUGAUAUGGCGCCAAAGCACUGGGAAGAGGGUCCUCCCCGCUAUCACGGACCCACAGAGUACGAGCGACCUCCGCCCUACUACUAUCCCGGACCAAAUGAUAGACAGUAAAGUCGCGCUCACAGACCUGGACGAUGAUCUGCUCAAGUACUGAGUGGCGUCGGGAACCUGGGAGGACGAGACGAACCUCUCGCGACUACAAGGAAAGUUAAAGUGUUACAAAAUGACAGUUCACGGUAGAGAUAGUUCACACAUAGAAAUAUUCAAAAGAUAUUCUCCAUAGAUAAAAAUAUUUUUGUAGAUUAUUGAAACGCUCACACGUACUGUAUCUCGAUGCUCAGUGGUGGGGGCGGACGAGUUGGGAGUUCUGCUCUCGGUCACGGUAACUGCCAUUAAUCGACUGUAUUCAAUUUUACUCUUAGCUAUUUUCUAUAUGAGUGCGUCCGACGUGGGUCCUGCAGAAAUGUCAGUCGAGUGUCGGCCGGCCCUGACGUUAGACGUACUCCGUUUUUUGGCUCAAGGUAUCUCGUUGUUAUAUUUUUUCCUUUAUCGAUGUUAACGUGGGAGCUAACUCCGCACAAAUAUUUUUAAAAUCUGUGAGAUUGUGUUCCUCGCGACUUUUAUUGGUCGAUAAGUUGUGCCGCUUUCCCUGAUUAUUAUAUUAGUAUCAUUUCGAGUGCGCGGUGGGUGGUAGGUGGUAGGUGUAGCACGGUACGGAUCAUGGUACUGUUUCAAUCGAUCCGGGUGAGGGGCGUCUCUGAGAUACGGAUGCAUUUAUAUUGUGAGGUUAAGGUAAAGACGUCUAGUGUUCUAUAUGAAGUAGUUUAAGAAUAUUUGUAAUAUUAUUAGUGUGGGAGUCGCUGUUGGAGCGGGCGGAGGGACGGACGCGACCUUUAUACAUAUAUAUAUAUACCUUCACUUUUAUUAUAAUCGAAGCAUCGUGCAUUUGAUAAGAUAUUCAUAUUAAGUGCUCGGUCCCUGUCGCUGCCCACACGCCCAAACGGUCACACGAUCAUUAUACAAUGAAUCAGUCAGUGCUGUAUGUACGUAUAUGUUAGUUCAAUAAUGUGAUAGUUUUAUUUGUGGACGACUGUUCAAAUCUUGUAGACAAUGUGUCAUAUCGUUUUAGUUAUGCCAAAUAUUGGACGUCCCGGCCGUCUGGAAGAUGGGCCGGACUGUAUCGUUAAGCGUCUCUAUUAUUAUUACUGUAUUUACUCCACCUAAGUAUAACAUAGAAUAAAGUUUAGUUUAAUUAUUGAGAGUUCAGGGAACAGAGCGUCACCGGUCGAAUUUAUUAUGAUGUAACGUGCUCGGAGGUAGGUCGCCAAUCUAUCACUGCUCAAUAUUAACAAUUCUUUUGAACCUUGGUGCAUACGUCGCGUAGUUAAAUUUUGAAGAGUCGUAUUAUUGUUUAAUCACGUAUAGCAAAUUAAAUAUAAGGUUGAAAGUGGCAUGUAGUGUAAGUUAGGUAAGCGAAGAGCGAAAGAGGCGAUGUAGCCAACACAACGUCCACCAGUCUUGCUCGCUUUUGAUGAGUAACGUUGGAGAAGUCUGGAGACGCAGUCUCGACUGUGACUACUGAACAAGGAUCCGUCUGAGUCUCAAUUAUAUACACUGUGUAGUGGAUUCUUAUAAUAGAGAAGAUAGAGGGUUUAGAUCGCAAUAAGAACAGGCGGUUUGUUACAAAUAUGACAGGUAGUUAGUGCUACGGUACUGCUGCUGGCGGCGGCCAUGAGAGCCGUACGAUGAACGUCAGGUAGAUGUAAGUGUAAUUACAAAUUGUAAUAAAACUGUAACUUGAAAGGUGGAUGGAAGUGAAGUUUUGUACGAACCGACCGGGACUGUGUCGAGAACGAAAACAAUAAACAUUUAAUAACCUGAA